CUUCAAUAAAUCUUUCUUCUUUCUUGGUGCAAACCUUCUAAUUCCCCUUUUACUACCAAAAUUCCAAUUUAGCACCAAAGACAGAGUCACUAAACGAGGAGAGUUCAUCAGGUCGAACAGGCGGAGGCUGUCUGGAAUCCGUGGCUUUGGUCUGGUACCGCUCCGCCAUUCGACAACGUCAACGGAGUAUCUCAUCAUCAUGUCGGGAAACAGAGAACGCACAAUGUUCAUCGGUAAUUUAGAUGAGAGGGUCAGUGAGAGGGCGUUGUAUGACAUUUGCAUACAAGCAGGAAGAGUAGUGAACUUGUACAUUCCUCGAGAUAGGGAAACGGACAGGCCCAAGGGUAUUGCGUUUGCUGAGUAUGAAUCUGAGGAAAUAGCAGAAUAUGCUGUGAAACUAUUCUCUGGCCUCAUUACUCUCUAUAAUCGAACGCUUCGAUUUGCAAUUUCUGGUCAGGACAGGGCCUCAUCAAAUGUUUCUGCUGCAAGCACAGGCACGCCCAACCAAUCACAAAAUUUGAGGGCGCCAACUGUGCAAAGUGAUAUGACGGAGAAUUCCCAGCAUCCUGCAGUGUUAUCAACCCCAUGUAGGUCAAUGCCCUCUAGAAACUAUUCUGAAGGUGUGACAAACGAACCUGAUGGUCAUGGAUCCCAUUCCUAUGGGCAUAAUUAUGAUUACAGUCGGAGAGUUUUUGGAUCAACCUUGGAUAGCAGUACCCGCACUAGAUCAAGUCGCAAUUAAUCAAGUAACCCAGUGUCUUAUCCCCCUUACUAGAGGACAAAUUUGUUAAUUUAGAUAUCCUCGUAAUCUGUCCCUCUUGAACAGUACAUGUUUAUUUACAAUCUCCUGUAAGUCUUGUGCUUGUGCUUUAGUGGACUUAGUUGCUCUUAUCGAUGAUAUAUCCACCUUAAUAUGCUAACAACUGUUAUGUACAGAACUGCUGUAAUGGCUCUAUGCGAAGAUUGUGAACUACUUGAUAUCUUUUGCUUAGGCAA